AUGGCUCAACAGAUGAGAGAAGAAAAGGAAGAGGAAGAAGUAGAUGAAGAGGUGGUGAAUGUUGAAGAAGAUGAUCCUUUAUGUCCUUCUUUCAGGGUACCGAAGGAGAUUCACAAAGAAGCUUGCAAAAAAUGGAGAAAUGCUCUGAUAAUGAAGCUUCUAGUUAAGAGGCUAAAUGUCAAAUUCCUCUUGGGUAGAUUGCUGAAAAUGUGGGGCAUAUUAGGGGCUUAUGAAUUCAUAGACUUGGAGAAUGAUUAUUUCCUGUUCAGAUUUAUGGAUGAGAAGGAUUAUAUGCAUGUUCUUCAAGAUGGUCCUUGGAUUAUUGUUGACCACUAUGUAACUGUUCAAAGGUGGAGACCUAUGUUCGACCCUUAUGACGAAGUCCUUAAGAAGCUCGCUAUAUGGAUCAGGAUACCAGGCUUGCCAAUUGAACUGUACACAUCCCAUAUUCUGUGGAGCAUAAGAAAUAUGUUUGGAAGAUCAUUGAUAAUAGAUAAAAACUCUAUUAGCAAGACUGAAUCCAAUGUGGAAGAGGUUACAGAACGCGCAAAAUUUGCACGUAUCUGUGUGGAAGUUGAUCUAACCAAGAAGUUCCUGUCAAAAUUUAAAAUAGGGAAUAGAACUUUUCAUGUAGCUUAUGAAGGAUUGCAUCUCAUAUGCUUUGGGUGUGGAAGAUAUGGGCAUAGGAAAGAUGUCUAUCCGGAAGUGCAAGUUAAGGAUUCAAUGGAGGGAAACAAAGAAGUCAAAACAAAGGUUCCAGGAGUUAACAGUAUGAAGGUUUUCUUAAACACAGCAACGGAACCUUUUGGGGAAUGGAUGAUUGUCCACCGGCCGGCAAGAGGGAGAAAAACCAGAGAAGCUCAGCAAAUUUGA